ACAGUACCUGAACCAUGGCGGCUAACGGUCUUUAUAACCUCCAGCGCCUGGCUAUUCCCAUAGGCCUGGGAGCCAUGGCAGUCAACGCCUCCUUGUACGAUGUCAAGGGUGGUACUCGAGCAGUUAUCUUCGACAGAUUGUCUGGUGUACAAGAGCAAGUCGUCAACGAAGGCACACAUUUCCUGAUCCCAUGGUUGCAGAAGGCGGUCAUAUACGAUGUCCGUACCAAGCCUCGCAACAUCUCCACGACCACUGGAAGCAAGGAUUUGCAGAUGGUCAGCUUGACCCUGCGAGUCUUGCACCGUCCCGAAGUCCCGAAACUGCCAGCUAUCUAUCAGUCCUACGGUACGGAUUACGACGAGCGUGUCCUCCCUUCCAUCGGAAACGAAGUUCUCAAAGCCAUCGUCGCUCAGUUCGACGCCGCUGAACUCAUUACCCAGCGCGAGGCUGUCUCAAACCGCAUCCGCACAGACCUGAUGAAGCGUGCUUCGCAAUUCAACAUCGCCCUUGAGGAUGUCUCAAUCACCCACAUGACCUUCGGGAAGGAAUUCACGCGCGCCGUCGAGCAAAAGCAGAUCGCACAGCAGGAUGCCGAGCGAGCCCGCUUCAUUGUCGAGAAGGCCGAGCAGGAGCGCCAGGCCAACGUUAUCCGAGCUGAGGGUGAGGCCGAGAGCGCCGACAUCAUCAGCAAGGCCGUCGCCAAGGCCGGAAACGGCCUCAUUGAAAUCCGUCGUAUUGAAGCCAGCAAGGAUAUUGCACACACCCUCGCCAGCAACCCGAAUGUCACAUAUUUGCCAGGUGGUGAAGGCAAGGAUGGCGGGAAGAGCACAAGCCUUCUGCUAGGGUUGAGGAGUUAA